CGGCUACCUCUGGAGGACGCUUCCUUUGGGCUCCGUCGCUUUGGAAUCUUCCCCUUUCCUACUCCACGGGACGGGGCUUUCAGGUUACUUUGCACGAUCUGCAAUCUGAACACUGCAGCCAGAGAGACUGUGUUUUGAUGGUGGAGCGGAAUGGAGUCACCUGGGCAAGCUUCAAAACGCCAGAAGACAUGGGGGGGGAUGCCGAAGCAGGUGAAUGGCACAAAGAGCCAUCUGACCGAUGGAAAUGGUGUUGGCAAUCAUCUUGGGGAGGAAGUGGAGUCUUUCCUGAGUGAUGCUGGCCCCCUGCACAGCUUCGAUGACCUAACCAAAGUGAACCCUGUGGCCACAGCCACAGUCUUGAAGUGCUUGCAUGCAAGAUACGCCAUCAACGUUUUUUACACUAACGCCGGUUGCAGCCUGGUGGCUCUCAACCCCUUCCGGCCAAUACCAUCGCUCUACUCGCAGGAGCUCAUGAGAGACUACCAUGCUGCCCCCCACCCUCAGGAAUUAAAACCUCACAUCUUUGCGGUGGCUGAAGAGACCUACCGGAAUGUCAAAAGCCAGAUCCUGCCAGUGAACCAGUCCAUAAUUGUUAGUGGUGAAAGCGGUGCAGGGAAGACAUGGACGUCACGUUGCCUGAUGAAGUUUUACGCUACUGUGGCCUCCUUGCCCUCCGCCUCCCAAGGCAGCGUUGAUGUGGAAAGGAUAGAGAAGAGAGUAUUGGAUUCUAACCCAGUGAUGGAAGCCUUUGGAAAUGCAUGCACUCUGCGGAACAACAACAGUAGCCGUUUUGGGAAGUACAUCCAGCUUCAACUGAACAGAUCUCAGCAUCUAACAAGUGCUUCCAUUCAGACAUUCUUACUGGAGAAAACCAGAGUUGCCUAUCAAGCCCCCCAGGAAAGGAACUUCCAUAUUUUCUAUCAGAUCGCAAAAGGUGCCACCCAAGAGGAGCGACUGGAAUGGGAUCUUCCGGAAGGGUCAACUUUUUCCUGGCUGCCCAAUCCCAAAAAGGCUCUAGAAGAGGACUGUUUUGAGGUGACGCGAGAGGCCAUGUUCCACUUGGGUAUUGACUGUUCCAUGCAGAAUAAUAUUUUCAAGAUAUUAGCCGGGGUCCUCCACUUGGGCGACAUCCAGUUCUCGGAGGCAGACGAUGAGUCGCAGCCCUGCCAAGUAAAAGAUUAUGCUAAAGAUUCAGCGAGGACCGCUUCCAGAUUGCUGAAAGUGCCCAUCGAACACCUUUUGGAAACGCUGAGGAUUCGGACGAUUACAGCCGGGAAACAGCAGCAGGUCUUCAAGAAGCCGUGCUUCGGGGCUGAGUGCGGGACGAGGAGAGACUGUCUGGCUAAAGUUAUCUAUGCCAAGGUAUUUGAUUGGCUGGUGUCUGUGAUCAAUGGAAGCAUAUAUGCCGAUUCUUCUGUGUGGAGCAAUUUCAUAGGUCUGCUGGAUGUCUACGGCUUUGAGUCUUUCCCUGAAAACCACCUGGAGCAGCUGUGCAUCAACUAUGCCAAUGAGAAAUUACAGCAGCACUUUGUUGCCCAUUUCCUGAAAGCACAGCAGGAAGAAUAUGCUGCAGAAGGACUGGAAUGGUCUUUCAUAAAUUAUCAGGAUAAUCAAAGCUGCCUAGAUGUCAUCGAAGGCAACCCCAUUAGCAUCUUCUCUUUGAUGAAUGAGGAAGGCCGUCUCAACAGGGCCUCUAAUGCCAGCCAAUUCCAGACCCGGAUUGAGGUAGCUCUGUCCAACAACCAAUGUAUUAGCCGUGACAAGUUUAAUAAGAAGCCGAAUUUCAUCAUUGCACAUUAUGCUGGCAGCGUCUGCUAUCAGGUGGAAGGCAUGGUCAAAAAGAAUAAGGACCCUGUGCCCCCGGAACUGGUCCUUCUGCUUCAACAGUCCCAGGAUCCUUUGCUCCAGAUGUUAUUUCCUGCAUCAGCGACGAGCCAAAAUACAAACUCAAACGAUGUCAAGACUCAGACAAAACCAGUAGUAGUAACAGUGGUGUCUAAAUUCAAGGGCUCUCUAGAGAAGCUGAUGGAGAUCCUGAACAGCACCACACCUCACUACAUCAGAUGCAUCAAGCCGAAUGCAGAUUGCCUGGCCGCCGUUUUCAGGAAGGACGAGGUUCUGUGUCAGCUGGAGGCAUGUGGCAUCGUGGAAACAAUCAACAUCAGCGCAGCCGGCUUUCCAAUCAGGAUCUCCUUCAGAAGUUUCGUUGAACGGUACGAAGUGCUGAAGAAAUCACGGAAGCGCACCUCCAGAGCUGCACAGAAUGGAAACAGCUGCUCACCCCAUGUGGGAAAUGGCUGGGUUCCAACUCAAGACGAUGGCGACACAUUUCAGCCUGCCGUUCAGGACAUUCUCCAAGAAAUGUGCCCGAGUGCUCCUCCGCUCCAACCAGCAGAGAAAAAAUCCUGCGAUGCAGCCGUGUAUUGCGGCAAGACCAAAGUAUUUAUGACUCACUCCAUGUUGGAGGUCCUGGAAGCCAGACGAGCCCGGGCCUUGUCAGAGAGAGCUUUCUGCAUCCAGUGCUGCUGGUGGCGGUUCAAGAGGCGGAAGCAGGUGAAGCAGAGACAGGCUGCCACGGCCAUCCAAUCAGCUGUUCGCACGUGGCUAGCCAGGAGACGUUUCCAGAAGCUGCGCGAAGCUGCUACGGUUGUCAAACGGGCGUGGAGGAAAUGGAAGGCAAAGAUGGACCUGCUGGCUGCAGAGGAACUAGACGGCGUCGAAGGGAAGCCCUUGGUUUCCAGAGGGGCCAUUUCCUCAAGCUGGGCUUGUAGCGAAUCGGAAAAAUCCUGGCCACCAAGAGCAAUUAUCCAGUUCUGGCCUCUCGGACUGGUGCUAUCGAGCGCGCCUGUGACGCUGGGCGGGUUCCAGAGAAACCUCACCUUCCUGGCAUGCCUCCAAAUCCUACAGUACAGCCCCCAUCGUAAGGCUGAGACCAAGACGCUGGAAGGGGGCAUCACCUCUGUCCGAGCGCUGCCACAGGGCUCAGUCAAGUUCCACUGCAAGAAAUCGCCGCUGCUUUAUGCUGACACCCGGCCGCACCGCCACGCCUGCCCCAGGACUGGCUUCAACCAAAUUCUGCUCGACAGCCACGAGUUACUCACUGUCUAAAAGUGCACUUCUGGCCACUCAGAAGUGUUUUAAUUGCACUUUCUCGUCCAGCUGUCUCUUUCUUACAACUUUUUAGGUGGCACUGCCCAGUUCACACCAUCCUGAAGCAUGCAGACCCUGCGCAUGGGGGGGGACCCCACAGCAAGCUUUUCAGCUGUACCCGGCCCCCUUUUUCUAGAGCACAGGACAAAGGCACAUUUCUCCCGGGAGAAACUGGAGAGCUGCUACUCUUGCAAGCCACUAUUUUGUUGCACUAAAAGACUUGCAGGUACAUCCUCAAAGCAUGUGUGAGUGCAUAGAUUUUCCUACUGGCCAUAAGGUCGAGGACCUACCCAGUGGGAGUACACCACCCCCAUUCUUCACCCCCCUUCCUUGUGCAGACUUAAAGCAAGUCUCUGUCCUGGUGCUAAACCUUCCAAUCCUGAGCACAGAGGUUGGAAACAAGCUCCACGGAAACAAGUGCAGCCGAAAGUCCAAGGGCCUGCAGUUCAGAGCUGGGCACAAACAUUUUUAUUGCAGGUGUUAAGAUGUCUGUAACACAAGACGUUUUGUAAGACCACACCAGAACAACUGUUGUCAAUUAAAGGCAAAGGUUUUUUUAUUACAAAUGUUUUCUGACGUUCUUAAACAGGCUUUCUCUCCCAGCCCCGGUUUGGUUCCCUUUCCCUGCCCCCACCCUCAUCAAAGGAAGAAGAUGAACCAAAAGUGUUUCUAACCCCCCUCAGUGAUAAAAGAAUUUGUUCAGGCAGAACUUGCAACCACUGCACUUGAAUUGUCACUUGUCCUAACAAGCCCUGCCUGGCAGCCUAAGAUUCACCACCAGAGCUUCAGCCUGGCACAGAAAAUGGGCUGUAUCUCCGACUUCUGGAUCAACAAAAAAUUCAGAAACGGAUCCAGGACUUUUUGUCAAGUCUCUGAUAAAUAUGUUGAGAUUGUCGCUGGGGUCCUUGCAGCUACACUUGAGCCUCAGCUGCUGAAAGCCAGGUGAAAGCAGCCCCUACCUAAGUCCCAAUUAAACGAACAGGGUGCAAAUGAAUUGCUGCUUUAAACCCCAAUCUGUGCUUGCGCGCAAACACCUCCUUGGAAACAUCGUUCCAUGCCACUGCAGAAAACCCUUGAUGCUGGAACUCCGUGGAUGGUGCACGCCUGUCGCACUGUCACCCGAACAAAUACUAAAGUUUACCGUGGUGGUGGGGAAAGGAUCCACAAACCCAUUCCACGCCUUUCCAACAGAUACAUGUUUUUGUUCACUAUUAUGCCAGAAAAAUUCCACACAACCUGUUCCCAAGUCUGUCAAGGGAUGGUAACAUCGUUCCUGGACUGUUAUCCCCCUACAGAAUUAGGAUGGCCUCAGUUUGUGGGUUUUGGAGGUAGAAGCCACGCACCAGACAUCCGUGGAUGAUUUUCACCCAUAAGUAGCCAUUUGUGUCCAAGCU